CCCGAAUUUAAACGAUCCAAUUCCUCCGCUGUCUCUGUUCCCUUCCUCUUGGUGUGCGACUCAAGACUCCCGCGUAGCAUCCAUCGUUUUGUACUUCUGUUCAACAUCAUUUCUCAAUUCACUUCGGAAAUUAACAACACCGACAAAUGGAAGCCAAAAUUGGGAAAUUCUUCGACUCGGUCGGCGGCUUCUUCACCGGCGGCGAUCAGAUUCCGUGGUGCGACCCCGAUAUCAUCCGUGGUUGUGAGCGUGAGGUUGCUGAGGCUGAGAAAGGUGGUUCUGAUGAACUUAAAGCUGAAUGCAUUAUGCGCUUGUCAUGGGCGCUUGUUCACUCAAGACAACCUGAAAAUGUUCAGCGUGGGAUAGCAAUGCUUGAAGCUUCUUUGGCCGGCAGUAGUAGCCCACUGCAAAUGAGGGAAAAGAUGUAUCUUCUGGCUGUUGGGUAUUAUAGAAGUGGGGACUAUUCAAGGAGCAGACAGCUUGUUGAACGUUGUUUGGAGAUUGCGCCUGACUGGAGGCAGGCCUUGACCAUUAAGAAAACGAUUGAAGAUCGAAUUAAAAAAGAUGGAGUGAUUGGCAUAGGCAUUGCUGCUACUGCCGUUGGAGUUUUGGCUGGUGGAAUUGCAGCAGCACUGUCUCGUAAGAAAUAAUCUAACCUUGUAACCCACCUAUGUGCUUGACAAAUCCACCUGUGUGUGUGUAUUCCUGAAUCACAUUCUGUGAGUGCCCGGUACUAUCUUUAGCUUUUUUUUUUCUCCUUGUACAACUCGCCUGAGAGAACAAAGAUAUCUGAAAAGUGGAACAUACUUUACUGUAUCUUUUGUUUUGUGCUUUAUGUUUUUAUAUAGAACAGUUUUACCAGAAAUGGUCUUCCAUACUGCCUUCAUGUGUUGCUUUGCUUCGGUAUUCUAAUUUUAAUGGAUUACUUGGAUAAAUAUUUUGCAAAGCUUUG